UCUAUUUUGUUUUGAAGCUUUUAAUUUAAAGCUUCUGUGCAUUAAUAUUAACUGCAAAUCAUCCAAAUGUAGUGUUUAAAGUACUGCUGAUCAUUAUUCACAUCUUGGACAUACAUAUCUGCGUAAAUUAUAAUUGUUAUCUCAGAGUGGACUAAACUAGAAUUUUUGUGAAUACAUUAGCAAUGUUGGCAAGUUUGGAAAGCAAAGUCAUCGUAGUAACAGGAGCUGGUCAAGGGAUUGGUAGAGCUUUAUGCCAGCAUUUGGCAGCAGCAGGUGCUAAAGUGAUUGCGCUUUCAAAGUCGGUGGAAAAAUUAGAGGAGCUUAAGGAUAUAUGUUCAACUGUGGAAACCAUACCAGUAGAUCUUAGAAAUUGGCAAAAUACACGGGAUAUUCUAUCGAAACUCCCACAAAUUGAUGGUUUGGUGAACAAUGCUGGCGUAGCAAUUAUCAAACCUUUCACUGAAUUGACAGAACAGGAUUUUGAUGACACAUUUGAUAUUAACAUCAAGGCAGUUUUCAACGUUACCCAAACACUUUUGCCGAAGCUCAAAAAAGGAUCGAGUGUAGUGAUGACAUCCUCAUUAGCUGCAUCUCGAUCAUUUCACGGUCAUGCUGUAUAUAGUGCUACUAAGGCUGCUGUCGACUCCUUGACACGUUCAUUAGCCUUAGAGCUUGGACCCAAGCAAAUACGAGUAAAUUCCGUUAAUCCUACAGUAGUUCUAACACAAAUGGGACGUGAAAAUUGGAGUGAGGAAGAAAAAUCGGGUCCGCUAUUAGCACAUAUACCUCUAAAUCGCUUUUGCGAGGUGCAAGAAGUAGUCGAUGGAAUAGUCUACUUGUUAAGUAGUAACUCAAGUUUUGUAAAUGGACAUCAGUUAAACUUAGAGGGAGGUUAUUCGGUGUCUUAAAAUGGAUUUAUAAAAACGAAAUCUCGAAUUUUUUAACAAGUAAAAAUUUCGUCUGAUUUAUAUUUAAAGAGAAA